UUCCAUUUUGCUUUUCUCAUCCCUGGUCUGGCAGAUCAGUUCGAUCAGUCAUGAAACCACUUCCGCCCUUCCAAAUCUGUAUGGGAAUCGUCUCCCGUAAGAAGCAUCGAUCUCUGGCCUUCUCUUCCCUUAGUUGACUUAAUUCUCCGACAGAAUCCCACGUUUGAUCUUGCCCAGCAACAACAGUUGGCUGCUUGUCAAUUAUCGCACUCACGACGGAACAGGUCCUAGCCUUUAACAUAACCGCCUUUGCCAGAGUAUAUAUGCGGCGAAUCGAGCUUGUAGUCGUGAGCUUGCGACAGGGUGAGCUGACAGGUGACCACGCUGCCAGUAGCCGCCGGCCUCAUGCUAGCGGCCGGCAAAGUUAUCAGCGCACGAUUGGCGACUGGAAAUGCUUCCAGCCACGUGCUAGUGGCCGGAAACACUGCCAGCCACUUGCUGGCGGGCGAAUACAUCACCAACCACCGGAGAUCAAGGAAAAGAGGAAAAACAAUUAGGGAAGGAGAUUAGCUAGAGAAAAUCGCUGACAAAAAGAAGAAACGUGUGCGCGAGAAAGGAAGGGCACGCAUGUCCUAAUAAUUUCGGAAUUCCCGACGGAAGGUAGCUCAUUUUUUCUGUAAAUUAAUAUAAUUAUUGAUGGAAGUUAAAUUUUAUCUAUAAUAUCAAAAAAUACACUGACAGAAUAAUAUUUCGUCGAUAAACCUGAUAAAUCUUGUAGUAUAAUCUUUAUUUUAACAGGAAUUACCCAAAAAACACACAGAGUUAGGAAUUAAUUAAAAGAUACAUCGUACUUUGAUAAUUAUCAAAGGACACACUCACUCACUCAUAUCAUAUGCUUUCUGCCAAAUCUUACUUGUUACUCUCUUUCCUCUCUCAUUUACAUAUAACUUUUCUCUCUAUUUUCUUUCCUCCCAUUAAAUUUUUUAUUCUUUUCUCCUUUACAUAUCCUAUGAAAGUUUAAUCCGGGAUACACAUGUAAAACCUGAAAUAAGUAAUAGAGAAUAUUUUAAAAUUUUUUGUAAUCUCAUAAAUCCAUAGGACCGACAUUAUUUAGAUUUUUGAAAAUUUACACCCAUCUAAUGAUUGAGUGAGAGAAAAGCAUAUAUAUAUGACGUGGAAACAUUGGUUAUCAUCAAAGUAUCAGGCCACGUGGGACCUGAUUUACUCAGAUCAAGCCCAACAACACGGACUUCUGUGCUAUCCUUUACUUUGACUUACGUUUCCGUGUUGAAUAUUUAUCUAUCGUUUACUUUGACUUGCGUUUCCGUUUUGAUCCCGAUACUCGUAGCCUCUCCAUUUGUCUUCUCAUCCCUGGCAGAUCAGUUCGAUCAGAGUCAUGAAACCGCCUACGCCCUUCCAAAUCUUUGUAGCAAUCGUCACCGGAGCUACAGCCAUCUGCUUGCCAAUCAUCGCACUCACGACGUAUCAGGUCCCAGCCUUUAACAUAACCACCUUUGCCAUAGUUCUCUGUGUGUUAUUCGUUAAAUUAAUAUGGCUCUACAGACAGUCGAGCAAACAACUUCGGCCCCACAUGACUGCCGUAAUCAUCGCCAUGGCUGUAAUUUUCUCUGGGCUAAUCCUUAGCGUGGUAAUAUGGAGGAUCCCUCUCGCCAUCCCCACUGUCGUAGCAGUGGUUCUGUUCGUGGUGUUUACUGUGGGUACUGCCGUCCUCAGGUGGUUCCCCAUAAGAAAGUUUCAGUAUCCAACCAAUUUGGGCAAAAUACCACGAUCAGUUGCUAGAAGAGCACUCCUCAACAAGCCGACGAGGACGAACAUAAUACCACGAACAGUUGCUAGAAGAGCACUCCCCGAUGAGCCGAUUAGUACGACGACGAUAGAGAAUUUUCUUAACAAGUUAGCCGAAGAAAGUCCCAUCCGGUUUUUGCCUCAGCAGCUCGCAGAGUUCACGCAAAAUUUCACAGUCAAAUUGGGUUCUGGCGCGUUCGGAUCAGUCUAUAAAGGCGAACUCCCCGACCAGAAACCCAUCGCCGUCAAAGUCCUCGUCGGAAUCAUGGACAAGAGAAUGGAGGAGCAGUUCAUGGCGGAAGUGGGCACCAUCGCCGGCACCCAACACAUUAACCUUGUCCGUCUAUACGGCUUCUGCUACGACGACACCCUGAUCGCGCAGGUGUAUGAGUUCAUGGAGAACGGCUCCCUCGACAAGUUCUUGUUCAACGAGGAUGACGUCGACACGUUACAAGAAAAUGAUCGCAAGGUGAUAGAGUUCGGAAGGCUGAAUGAGAUCGCCAUCGGCGCGGCGAAAGGAAUCCGGUACCUGCACGAGGAGUGCCAGCGGCGGAUCAUCCACUACGACAUCAAGCCGGGUAACAUCCUCCUCGACGCCAACUUCAACCCGAAAGUGGCGGACUUCGGGUUGGCCAAGCUGAUGGGCAGGGAGUACACCCACAUGAGCAUGACCGGAAUGAGGGGCACGCCGGGGUACGCGGCGCCGGAGAUGUGGUUGCCUUAUUCUCCGGUCACCUACAAGUGCGACGUCUACAGCUUCGGGAUGCUACUGUUUGAGAUGGUGGGGAGGAGGAAGAACUUCGAUUGUCGCGCGGCGGAGAGCGAGAAGAAAUGGUUUCCCAAGCUGGUGUACAAGCAAUGGGACAGUGGAAUGCUGGGGGAGGUCAUGGCGGCUUGUGGGAUUGAGCAGAAGGCGGAGAGGGAGAGAGCGGUGAGGAUUUGCAAGGUGGCGCUGUGGUGCGUCCAGUACAGCGCGGAGGCGAGGCCGUCGAUGAGCAAGGUGCUGCAGAUGCUGGAGGGAGAGAUUGAGAUCGAGACACCGCCGAAUCCUUUCACUGGCUUGUAUGUUUCAGACGUGCCUGAUAAUCAUUUGAGUGGAGGAAUCAGUAAUAGUAAUGACCUUCAAAGUUUACUUCCAGUUUGAAGCUAAUCCUCGUAAACUGAUAAUGUUUGAGGUUCGUGGGUUGGUGUAAGAUUUUCAUUUCCAGAUUUCUGCUGUAAGUAGAUUUGCCUAUUGAAGAGCAUACUGUGCAAAUCAUAUCAAUCGGAGCCACAUAGGCACUUUUGUCAUCUUUUUCGUUGUCUCUGACUUUUCAGAGCAUUUCUGACUUGAACUACCAUUGCUGCUGUAAGAUUUCAAAGUUUCCUUCCAGUUUGAAGCUAA